AACCAAUCCAUUUAAAGCUUCAAAUUUCAAGGAUUAAUUAGACCCAAGAUUUACAAACACAAAAACAAGGUUUUUCCUUUCUUUCUUUCUUUUUCUUUUACUAGGGAUUACUUUCUCUCUCUAGAUCUGUGGAAAUGGGUGAAGCAGCUCCUUGCUUGAUGCGUUCAGUUUCACAACCUCUCUUCGCUUCUUGCGAAUACAAAGAGGGUGACCCUCUACGAGCCCUAACCACAUCAAUUUCAUUUGGUCGAUUCAUGACUGAACCAUUAGAUUGGGAAAAAUGGUCUUCGUUUUCUCACAAUCGAACCCUAGAAGAUGUUCAAAAACACUCUCGACCCGGUGCUGUUGCUGAAAAGAAAGCUUUCUUUGAAGCACAUUACAAGAAAAUCGCAUCCAAAAAAUCCACAAAAACAAAAUCACCUCAAAAAGAAAACAAACCUCCAAAUCACUCCCCUCAAGCCAACAUUUCUCCUACAAGAUUCAAUACCCUUUCACCCAUUGAUGAACCACAAGAAAACGAGUCAUCAAAACCUAUUGCUACUACUACUACCACUACUCCAGCUUUCUCACAACAUAUCGAUGAACAAGAUAUAGAAAUAGCAUCAUGUAAAGAUGUUUGCUCACCUAUUACUAACCUAGUUCUAGAACAAUUUGGAAAUGUUGAGGAUGACAUGGCAAGUAGCCGCUGCCAGGUGGAAGUGGAACAAGGGAAAGUAUCAAGCGAAAAUAUUUCAUUAGAGAAACAUAAAAAUAAGAUAAACAAAGGUUCUGAAAUUUCUUUGAGUAAGAAGGAAACUUCUAGAAAGACACCAACUCCUCCAAUUCGUCCCAAAAAGGCUGCAAAUGAUGUAACAGAGAAAAAGAGAUCAGUUUUACAAUCUCUUCAUAUGUCAAUGAACUUUCCCCCUGCUGUAAUUAAAAAUAGGAUCUUAAAAACUAUAAGUAAACCUAAAGAUAGACUUAUUCAGCAACCUCUAAACCUAAAGGUGUCUAUCAACGGGGUAAAGAAAGCUUCUCAGGUCCUCCCACCACCAGAAAACAAAAGUGUAUGUACAAAGAAACCAAAAUCUUCUUCUUCUUCUUCUACUGUGCCUUCAUCAUUUAGCUUCAGAAGUGAAGAACGUGCAGCAAAACGUAAAGAGUUCUUUCAGAAGCUAGAAGAAAAGGGCAACAAGAAGGAGACAGAAAAGAUUCAUCUUCAACCUAAACUGAAGACUACGAAUGACAAUAAAAAGUUGCGAAGGAGCACUGCUUUGGAAGCAAAAACAUUUGCAAGUGAAACAAAAGUGAUAAGAAGUAGUAGCAUUCAGAAGGUUCCACAAAUGCAACCUUGCUCACCAAAGAUUGGAAGGAAGCCGACUCCAAGAUUAGUACAUAAGGAUACUUGCUGUCAAUCUCCUUCAAAGCCAAAGAAUUUCAUAGAAAUAAAUAAAAAAAAACUAAGUAGUUCCAUGGCUUUUAUGUCAAAGAAACAAUGUUGAAAGUUGUUGUUGAUUGCUUCUUUCAACAUCAUUUAAGUGCUGUAAUAAUUUUUUGUAUUAUUAUUAUUCUAUCAAAACAAGUUUCUAUCUA